GCCUCUUCCUCUCGGUCCCAUAUUGAACUCGAGUUGGAAGAGGCGAGUCCGGUCUCAAAAUGGAGGUAAAACCGCCGCCCGGUCGCCCCCAGCCCGACUCCGGCCGUCGCCGCCGUCGCCGGGGGGAGGAGGGCCAUGAUCCAAAGGAACCAGAGCAGCUGCGGAAGCUGUUUAUUGGUGGUCAGAGCUUUGAAACUACAGAUGAUAGUUUAAGAGAACAUCUUGAGAAAUGGGGCACACUCACAGAUUGUGUGGUAAUGAGAGAUCCUCAGACAAAACGUUCCAGGGGCUUUGGUUUUGUGACUUACUCUUGUGUUGAAGAGGUGGAUGCAGCCAUGUAUGCUAGACCCCACAAGGUUGAUGAACCUGUUGUAGAACCAAAGAGAGCAGUUUCUAGAGAGGAUUCUGUGAAGCCAGGAGCCCAUCUAACAGUGAAGAAAAUUUUUGUUGGUGGUAUUAAAGAAGAUACAGAAGAAUAUAAUUUGAGAGACUACUUUGAAAAAUACGGCAAGAUUGAAACCAUAGAAGUAAUAGAAGACAGGCAGAGUGGAAAAAAGAGAGGAUUUGCUUUUGUAACUUUUGAUGAUCAUGAUACAGUUGAUAAAAUUGUUGUUCAGAAAUACCACACUAUUAAUUGGCAUAAUUGUGAAGUGAAAAAGGCCCUUUCUAAACAAGAGAUGCAGUCUGCUGGAUCACAAAGAGGUCGUGGAGGUGGAUCUGGCAACUUUAUGGGUCGUGGAGGAAUCUUUGGAGGUGGUGGAGGUAAUUUUGGACGUGGUGGAAACUUUGGUGGAAGAGGAGGCUAUGGUGGUGGAGGUGGUGGCAGCAGAGGUAGCUAUGGAGGAGGUGAUGGUGGAUACAAUGGAUUUGGAGGUGAUGGUGGCAACUAUGGCCGUGGUCCUGGUUAUAGUAGUAGAGGAGGUUGUGGUGGUGGUGGACCAGGUUAUGGAAACCAUGGUGGUGGAGGAGGAGGUUAUGAUGGUUACAAUGAAGGAGGAAAUUUUGGUGGCGGUAACUACGGUGGUGGUGGAAACUAUAAUGAUUUUGGAAAUUACAGUGGACAACAGCAGUCAAAUUAUGGACCCAUGAAGGGGGGUAGUUUUGGUGGAAGAAGCUCUGGCAGUCCAUAUGGUGGUGGUUAUGGAUCUGGUGGUGGAAGUAGUGGAUAUGGUAGCGGAAGUUUUUAAAAACGACAGAAAAAGGGCUACAGUUCUUAGCAGGAGAGAGAGCGAGGAGUUGUCAGGAAAGCUGCAGGUUACUUUGAGACAGUCGUCCCAAAUGCAUUAGAGGAACUGUAAAAAUCUGCCACAGAAGGAACGAUGAUCCAUAGUCAGAAAAGUUACUGCAGCUUAAACAGGAAACCCUUCUUGUUCAGGACUGUCAUAGCCACAGUUUGCAAAAAGUGCAGCUAUUGAUUAAUGCAAUGUAGUGUCAAUUAGAUGUACAUUCCUGAGGUCUUUUAUCUGUUGUAGCUUUGUCUUUUUCUUUUCAUUACAUCAGGUAUAUUGUCCUGUAAAUUGUGGUAGUGGUACCAGGAAUAAAAAAUUAAGGAAUUUUUAACUU